CUGUCUAGUAUUUCGACAUAUAUUUUAUGCUGCCAGAAAAGUGGUGAUAAAAAAUAAACUGAGUAUCUGGUGAUUGCUGAACGUACGACAAACAAAAUGCCACAAGGCGACGGGGCCGCCAUGGGCCAUCGACAUGUCCUGUGCGAUGGAUGCCAGCGACACGAGUUCCCCGGCCGCAGAUAUUGCUGCCUGCGUUGCCCCAACUACGAUCUGUGCGGCGAGUGCUUCGAUCAAUGUGUCCAAACGGAUCACCAUCUGAUGGAUCAUCCCAUGCAGCUGAUCAUGCUAGAGCCGCAGCAUAUGCCAGAGCUGCUGAGUGUCAGCGGGGCAAUGGAACAGUUGAACUUGUCCAACUGCUACACCUGCCCGUACUGCAAGGUGAUGGGUAACACGGCCAAGGGCCUCAUCCGUCAUGUGUACGGGUUGCAUAGCGAGGACGACAGGCAUGUGGUGUGCCCCAUGUGCGCCUGCCUGCCGGGCGCCGAUCUGAUGACAAUGCAGAACCUCUCGCGUCACCUACUGACCAAUCACAUUGACUAUGCGAAUAUCCUGGAGCCACAUACGCCACCGCUGACCAGUCUGCCUCAAGACGCGGUCACAAGCUCGCGACAACUGCGACGCCGAUCUCGCGGUCAUCUACGCCAUCUUUACCAGGAACAGAAUGCUGCUUACUUCCAAAUGGUUAACGCCGGACAAUUCGCUGCAGAUGAAACACUGCCCGAUUUGUCCAAUGUGCUGAUAAGCCAUGAUCUAAUGAAUAAUCUACGCAAUCUCUACACCGACGAAGCGAUUGUCAUCAUGAUGGGGCAAAGAGCAGCUGAUUCAGCUUUGAGACCAACUGAUAGACUCAGUUCGACUCCCAACACUCAUAUUCCGGUGAAUCCGCAUGCUGAGAAACGAAAGAAGGAACGCCGCCCCAAGAUAGAUCGUUUUCUACUCUCAAAAUGGGUGGCUGCUGAGCAAAAUCAGUGGGAAAUGUCGACGGAAGCUAGCAAGACGCGUGAGCAACAGGCUUUGUUCACCGAACAUAUACUCCUCUCGAUGCUGUGCGAGGAGCAGUUGGAGCUGUCGGGGAAAGACACAAUUGAAGAUACACUGGACAUGAAGCUGUCCAAAACAGACUCAAUCGCAACUAUCGAACCCAAUCUAUGCAAGAUAGAGCAGUACUUGAAAAGUGAAAUGGAUCAACAGACCCUGGAAAUUAAUAAGGACAGACAACACUUGGAAACUGGAACGGAGAAUCGCGAACAGCCUCGAGAAAAGGGAACGGAAGUACAGCGCCUAGAAAUUGGAACAGAUCUACAGCUCCUGGAAACUGGAACAAAUCUACAGACCCUAGAAACUGGAACAAAAAUUAAGCCGCAACAAACUGGAACAGACCCAGUGCCACUGAAAACUGAAAAGCAUACUCAGACCCUGAAAACAGGAACCGGUUCCACACCCAAGAUAUCCAAGAUCAUGUCAUUGAUGGCCGUACCUUGGACUCUGGUCUGGACAAGCGCUCAGACUCCUGAUGUUAAUGGAUGUAAGAAGUUCAUUCAAUUGAUGGGCGCCACUACGGAGGAAACCCAAGUGGAUGAAAUGAAGAAUAUGGAGACUGUCGAUUGAGUGCAACCUACAGAACUACAACCUCUGAGCUACCCGAUUUGCACAAAACACCUGAAAUUUAUUCUAAAAUUUAAGUAACAAUUCUUUUUGGUCUUUCUAAUAUUUUGGAUGAUUUUGUAAUUGUAAGAAACAUUAUUCCGAC